AUGACUUCAUCUGCCCUCACGGUGCCCAACUCCACAGCUGCUCCGAACACGACGUCUGUCACCAAGGAACAGGAACAAAUCCUCUUGCAGAGUUCUGGAGCUAUGAUCGCUCUCAUUGUCAUCGGCAUCAUCAUCAUUCUGACGGUUGUGCUCAUCGUUCUGAAGACAUACAACAGGCGGACGCACGCGUCUCGACUCCUAGGAGGGAGUUCCAAACCUCGAGCCAAACUGUCCCAGACCACAGGUCAGGGCAGCCUGCCUCUGAACCCGGUCAGCUCCGUGUCGGGCAGCAUCACCCACUCCACCCCAACCCCAGAGCCCCGGGUGGAGCUCAGCAGCGUCGAGGGGAAUCACAUAGAGCAGUUCAGCACCACCAGUGACUACAGCGGGUCCACCCUGGUCACCAUCCACGACACACCCUCAUAUGGAAACACAUAACAC